AUGCAUCGCGAGUUAGAUCUAGAUUGGUUAUUGAUCAAAAUCGAUGGUAGAUGUGGGGCAUGUGGUAUGGAUAGGUUGAUUGGAGGAGGCACACGCGAUAGAGGCUUGGCUUGGAAGAGGCAUGCGCAUGGGUCGCCUAAAGGAGGUGUGAGCACGAUGAUGCUAACGAGCGAGGCAUGCGAGGUUAGGUGUUCACACGGGUGGCUUGGAGGAGGUAUGCACGUGGGCGUUGACAAGCGAGGCAUUCGUUGGGUCUUGGGUGUUAUGGUUGGGAGGCAUGCGCGCGGGGUGCUAUGGUUGGGAGGCAUGGACAUGUGUAGUGUCCGGCGUUGGAGGCAUGCACACACAUUGGCCGGUAAAGGCUUAGGAGAACACCGUGUUAUGUGA